AUGAGAGAAGAAGAAAACGAUUAUUUAUUCAAGAUUGUAAUAAUUGGAGAUUCAGCAGUAGGUAAAUCAAACCUAUUAAAUAGAUUUACAAGAAAUGAAUUUACAGAAAAGACCAAAGCAACGAUUGGUGUAGAUUUUGGAACCAAAUCGAUAGAGAUUGAGGGUAAAGUAAUCACUGCUCAAUGUUGGGAUACAGCAGGACAAGAAAGAUUCAGAGCAGUUACAAGUGGUUAUUAUCGUGGAGCACUUGGAGCAAUGAUUGUAUACGAUAUCACCUCCAAGAUUAGUUUUAAAAAUGUAACAAGAUGGUUAAAUGAACUUAGAGAAAUGGCCGAACCAGACAUUCUAGUCAUGAUGGUUGGUAACAAAUCUGAUCUAGAAUCUUCAAGAGAGGUUUCAACAAGAGAAGCUCAAUCUUUUGCUGAAGCAAACAAAAUCUCUUUUCUUGAAACUUCUGCUUUAAAUUCUACAAAUGUUAAUCUUUCUUUUGAAAAAUUAUUAACUGAUAUUUAUAAUCAAUUUGGACAAAAGAAAGCUCAAGUUGUAAUGGACGAUGGACAAGAAUGGUUAAAACCAACUCAAAGUGGUCAAAAGAUUACACCAUUAAACGAAGCUCCUGUCAAUGUUACUUCUACUCAUCAAGAACCAAAAAAAGGUUGUUGUUAA